CAUGCCAAUCGGCAGUGAUGGAAUUAUUACUAUUCGGUCCCACCCCCCAUUGACUCAAGAUGGAAUAUGCAACCAAAUACAGCCAGUUUGGCUGGUGUCCACACCCGCACCCCCCGCGCCCUUGCAUCCGAUGGGUCCGAUCAUAAUCAGACGUCACCUCGUCAACUUGUUUGCACUCAUCCCAAAGACACCCAACCUUGGGCGGAGGGAAUCAUUGCACCCUGGCGCUUCAUCAUGUGCGUCUUGGUGCAAUCAAACGUUGGUUUCUUCUUUUCUUUUUAUCCCACAGUGGUUGGAGCCAGCGCAUCUCAACCCUACGCUACUCUCCGUGCCCAACCGUUACACGACAGGACGACUCGGAGAUUGUCGCAACUUGCUUCUUUGUCAAUCGACAUGGAGCCGUUUGCGAGGAGCGGAACCAUCAGUCUGCGGCGCAAUGGUUCCAAGCACCCGUGCUACUUCAUUCCAACUGUAUACACCAGCAGCCCGUCACACUAUGCCAAUACACUUUACCUACCUGGCGACCGUUCGUCCGCAAAUCGUGCGCUAG